AGCUCCCUAUCUAUAGGCACUCUUCCCCACCAAAAAAAGAACUAAAUUCCUCCCAUCCCACAUUUUCUAUCCUCAGCUGGUUUUUCCGGGAAAAUUAACCAGACAGCCACCAGAUCCCACAAAAACCAGAGCUACUUAUAUAACAGCAGUUCUUCCUCAUGGGUUCUUUUGGAAGCUCGGGAUCGGAGGUUGUCACCGUUGAUGUUCAAGAAGCCAAACAUCUGCUCGAAUCUGGCUAUGGUUAUUUGGAAGUUAGGACGGAGGAGGAGUACAAGAAAGGGCAUGUGGAUGCAAAUAAGAUUUUGAACAUUCCUUACAUGUUCAAUACACCUGAAGGAAGGGUGAAAAAUCCCCAGUUUUUGGAAGAGGUUUCAUCUGCUUGCAAAAAAGAUGACCUUCUUGUUGUGGGUUGUCAAAGUGGUGUCAGAUCCCUUUAUGCAACUGCUGAUCUUCAGGCUGCUGGUUUCGAGCAUGUGAGCAACAUGGGAGGAGGCUAUCUUGCUUGGGUCAAGCAUAAUUUUCCUGUUACGAAGCCGGAAGAUGCUGACCAGAAAAAGCCAGAAGAUGAGCUACCAAAAAAUGCAGAAGAUGUGGACCAGCAGAAGGAAACAGAAGCAGAGCUCUAAUUUCUUGGGUAGCAAGUAAUAUCAAUAUCUAUAUUCUGAUUUUCUGUGUAUAAGGUGUAUGGCAUGUACUUGAAGAAGAAUGUUAUUUCCCAGUAUGAGGAAGGGGAAUAAAAUCAUGGUUACGUAAUUGCAAAUAUUGACGAAAAUUCGACUCUCA